UGAUGUUAGGAGUAGUGGCUUAACAGCGGAUAGCUUAACAUCGCCUCCAAGCUACCAAGUUUUGAGAUGAAUAGACACCCCACUCAGAGAAAUGUCAACGGCAAAAAAGUUGUAAAAGAAACUCGGACAAAGUAAUAUCGGGAGAGCAUUGUCCGAACGUCGAAUGGUGGGUUACUACAUUUGAAACAUUGUCACCCACGCCUUCGCACGAAAUGAUUCACUAACGAGUGCAAUCGCCAAUUCCGAGAUAUAUAAUGGAGCUUCCGGAUUUGGCAGAGUCCCUAUACGCGCCUGGAAUUCAAGAAUAAAUUCUGGAAGGACUUUUGCGAAUGCCUGCCGUGUGAGUCCCACUGUGAGUCACUAGAGAGAGGAGGAUUCCACCUGUGCUUCUUGCGAACCAUCGAUCGAGGUCCUUCCCCGAAAACUCCGCCUUGGUAUCGAUUCGGUCGCCAAGUUCCGCCAAAGGUAUCGCCAGUGUGAGAAGUUUCGACGACGUGAGAAGUCCGCGUGCAUGCAGUGGCGUUAAGGCCAUGCGUGGGGCCUGGUCGGCUCUGCUCAUGUUCCUUGCGACGACGGCCGCAGCGCAUCUGGAACCGGAGGCGCAAGAGGCCUUACAUAUCCUGAAACAGAGGAUUCUGUCAGAUUUGGGAAUGAAGAGACUACCGGACAUUCGGGCUGUGAAUAUUUCCUCUGCCCAAGUCCAGCGCAUGACGCGAAGGUAUUUCAACAACGUGCGGAGAAGUGAACAGGAACUUCUAACAUACCGUCAUAAAGGUUAUGAAAGGGACAGCUACCUCUUAUUUAAACCAGAAAUGGAGCUUCUUUCCAGUUUGCAAUGGGCAAGGCUACGGUUUCCAAAUUCAUCAGUGGUGGACGUUUCGGUAGCGGUUAAGCGAUGGAGGGAAGACUCAAGCGAGUUUUUAAUGCUAGCCUGUGGUGAACCGAGGUGUCGGAAGGCCAGACUGGAACUUCUGGUUAGAAAGGCACGAACAAAAAGAGCGGCAUGCAACAAAGAAUGUUGUAAGCGAUCCCUCAAAAUAUCAUUCAAAGAAAUCGGAUGGGACUGGAUAGUACAGCCAGUUGAAUUUGAAGCAUUCUACUGCAAAGGUCGGUGUCGUGACGUUUCAGAUGGCUUUGCAAGUACACAUGCUCUAAUGCAGAGCAUCCUCAAUUAUAAAGGACGCAAAGUAUCGAGACCAUGUUGUGCUCCCCGGAAAUUACGACCUCUUGAUUUGUUACAUUAUAAUGACAAGACUCCACCAGAGUUGGUUGUUACUCGUCAGAAAGGGAUGAUCGUCAAGGAAUGCGCUUGCGCUUAAUCCUGGAACAACCACAGACUCAAAACCUCAGGGUAAAAACUUAUUUUUCCUUUCACUGACUUUGUGUUGGAUGCAUCCUUAGUGGUCCGAGAUUGACCGUACUUUGCACGAAGCAAGGAAGACUAUUUGGAUGAGGAUAGGAAAGCGGGAUAUAUACUCAGGAGUCACGUAAAAACUAUUGUUCGUUUUAUAUUUUAAAUUAUUUUAGUUACGAGUCAAUGUGUGUGUGAAAUGAAAUCUGUACAGCUUGUUGAAUUCUUUUCCUCACAACUUGUCAUGUGUACAAUUUUGUAAUUUCUAAUAAUCUGGAAAUUGUUAAUAUUGUUUGUGAAUAAAAGUAAUACAAAUUAUUAAUAGUAAACGUUUUAAAGCAAAAUAGAAACUUUUAUGAAGUUCUAAAUGCUUUUUUAGAAAUUGGAGAUGAAAACUGAAGGAGUAAUUUUUUAUUAUUAUCAUUAUUUAUUUAAUUACUUUUAUUCAAGAGUAAUCCCAAGGUUUUUUUUCAAAUUAUUAUUAAGCAUUUAAAAAUUAUUUUAGUUUCAAGUCAAUGUAUGUGUGAAAUGGAAUCUGUACAACUUGUUAAAUUCUUUCCUGUCAACUUGUUAUGUGUACAAUUUUGUAAUUUCUAAUAAUCUGGAAAUUGUUAAUAUAUGUUUGUGAAUAAAAGUAAUAAAAAUAAUUAAAAUAAACGUUUUAAAACGAAA